AGAUCAAGUCAGUGAAAGAUGUCAUGGAAUCCUCAGUAUCGGAGUUCUAAAUUUCGCCACGUUUAUGGCAAGGCCGCCAGUAAAGAGAACUGCUAUGACAACGUGCCCAUCACCCACAGUGUCUAUGACAACCAGUUUUGUGCUGUCAAUCCCCGUUUUAUUGCCGUGGUGACCGAAUGUGCAGGUGGAGGCGCCUUUCUUGUUAUACCAAUCAGUCAAACAGGAAAACUUGACCCGCAUUAUCCUCGCAUCUGUGGGCAUAAAGGACAUGUAUUAGAUAUCAAAUGGAACCCCUUUGAUGACUUUGUAAUAGCAUCCUGUUCGGAAGAUAACACAGUUAAGGUCUGGAAUAUCCCUCAGCAUUUGCUAACCAAAAGCAUCACAGAUCCCCAUAAGGACCUUCUUGGCCAUUCCAGAAGAGUGGGGCUUAUUGAAUGGCACCCAACUGCAAGUAACAUCCUCUUCAGCACUGGUUAUGAUUACAAAGUCAUGAUCUGGAACCUUGAUACCAAAGAACAUACAAUUCAGACGCCAGUAAGGACAAUCGACUUCCAUACAGAUGUCAUCCUUUCCAUGUCAUUCAACACGGAUGGAAGCCUCUUAGCCACGGUCUGCAGGGACAGGAAAAUAAGGAUCAUUGACCCGCGAGCAGGAACCAUCUGUCAGGAAGCAAGCAGCAAAUCUCACCGAGUGAACAAAGUUGUGUUUCUAGGAAACCUGAAAAAGCUGCUCACCACAGGGACAUCCAGCUGGAAUAAUAGGCAGAUUGCCUUGUGGGAUCAGGAUGAUCUUUCUGUGCCUUUACAUGAGGAAGAUGUGGAUGGGUCGUCGGGCCUCUUGUUUCCUUUCUAUGAUACAGACACACAUAUGUUGUAUGUCUUAAGCAAGGGAGAUGGGAACAUCAGGUACUAUGAGAUAAAUGUGGAGAAACCAUACCUAUAUUACCUGACUGAAUAUCGUUCCCCUUUGCCUCAGAAAGGAAUUGGUGUGAUGCCCAAGAGGGGCCUCGAUGUCUGUGCCUGCGAGAUCUUCCGGUUUUAUAAACUGAUUCCAGUCAAAAGCCUGAUUGAACCCAUUUCUAUGAUUGUACCCCGACGGUCUGAAUCGUACCAGGAAGACAUCUAUCCAAUGACAGCUGGGGUACAGCCAUCAUUGACAGCACGAGACUGGCUGAAUGGCACUAAUAAAGGUCCUGUCUUGAUGUCUUUGAGGCCAGGUUCUGUGAUCUUGAAUUCUUUACCACCAUUUCUUGAAAAGGAGAUUGCCAUGGAAGCAACUAAGCCUGCCCCGCGCCGGGACAGAGUGACUGAUAUCACCGAAAAGUUGAAUGAGAUCCAAGAGAAAUGGGGGACCAGGAAAAUAGAGGAAAGACAAGAGCAAAACAGACGAAUGAAGUUAUCUAAUGGUGUUGAUACCUAUGAAUGUCCUCCACCUAAAACAGAAAAUGAGCUGCUACAGAUGUUUUAUCGACAGCAAGAAGAAAUUCGGCGGCUCCGUGAAGUGCUGAUCCAGCGGGAUAUUCAGAUCAAACAGUUACAGCUGGAAAUCAAAAACCUGCAUGUGGAUUCUCGCCGAUUCUGACAGGCUAUCAUUUGGAGUCUCAGAACAAAUGUUGCCAGAAAUCACUAUAUUUUGGAGAUUAUAGAUUAGAAGGAGAAUUUCAGAUUUAUUGGCAAGUUAUUGCCUACCUUGAGUGCCCAUAUCCUGCAAGCUGGAAUUUACUGGAAGUUACUGGGAGGUUUUGUGGUGCUCUAUUUAUCGGACUCAUUCUUUGCAAGAAAGUCCAUGUUUCAAAGUAGUCCCAUAAUAACUCAGUUGGAGAUGUUUCAAAGUGGAAGGCAGACCUGCCUGAGUACGAACCUCCUUUCAGGUCCCCAGUAGACAACUGAACUUUGAAAUACGGUUGCUUGGAUUUUCAGGCUUUUUAGCAUUCAACUCUUUCACAUGGUGAUGAACCAAAUAGAAGUUGUUCUGGACUCUUUUUGUUCUGCAUUCUUGGAUGGAUCAGAAUGAUUUUGCACUGAAUUAGUUUUGUUUCUUAUAACCAAGGAGAGUUUAUGUGGGAAUCGAAACCAUCACCUUCUCUUAGUUUCUCAUCUUCUUCUAAAAUUGUAUUUAUGCCUAAGAGGUAAGGACCAAAGAAAUAGGUGACAUUAAUUUAAAAAGGAAGUCAGAAAUAGAUGCUUCUGAGAGUCAAGCUUUGGAAAUGAAUGCUCUUUAUUUGAGAUGGAGAAAAUAAGACCACUGCUGCUGAAGUGGUCUUAUCAGAGCUAGAGUGGAAGCCUUCUGUAACCCUGUAGUCAAUGUGUCUUCCAUCUCUACCCAUAAUCUCUGAGGAUCACUUCAUGCCUUAAAUCAACUAGGAGUUUAAUUACUAAUGCUCUUAAGAUGGCUUUCUUCCAAUUGUCUGAAGCUGAAUUUUCUACUCACAGAUUCUUUCCUCCUUUAUUACUCUGAAUGUUGUAUCAGAUCUUAUAGGCAUAUUAGUUCAAUGUACAGAAGUGUGAAGAAACUUUUACUUAAUUCUGAUAAUCCUCUAACAUCCUGUUUAUCACAAACAAAAUUCCCACAACUGUCAAAUUGCAAUACUUUUUUUCACUUUUCACUUUGUUUUGAUGCCUAUGACUAAUAUUUCAACUGAUGUUUCAUAUUUGUUUCCUUGCUGAUUUCUAUAAUAGACUAUGCAAAGCACUGCCACCAACAAUUGUUUGAGAGCAGGAUCAACUACUCCAAAGAUUAUGAGGUCCAAGAUGGAAAGGGGGGGGGGGUAGAUGCCUUUUGUAACAUAAGUUUCUCCUUAAUCAUGAAUGCUGAAAAUGUUCAUGUACAAAAUGGUUGGAAAAUUUGAAAGGAAAAAAAAAACAUACCUAAAGUUUCACCAGUCAUAAUAAAAUUGUAAAAUACAACUACUUUUAUAGUUUGGGUUAAGAUAUUUGUGCAGGAUUUCAGAAAAUUCCCCAAAAUAGAAAUUGAUAAGUGAGAAUAACAGAAGACUGAGCUGUAAUCAAACUGAAGAAUCUUGUAUAAACAUUUAAUACAGAAAUACCCAUUCACAUCUCCUCUGUACUGCUUCUGUGUUUUAUGACUUAACAUUUUUUUUCUCUUACAGUUCUCUUUUACCCUCUUUUUCUUUCAAGACCGAAGUUAAAACAUUUCUUUUAAUCCAUCAUUAAAUUGUAACAUUUCCUAGUUCAGGGGUCCCCAACUGAAACUGGGCCACACAAACGAAGCCCCAUCCCCGUCCGUGGGAUGCAGACAGCACAUGAAACCAUACUCCCUCUGGCCCACAGAAAACUCUCUCCACACAACUGCUCCCUGGUGCCCAAAAGGUUGAGGGCUGCUGACCUAGUGGAUUGAUAAAAUUGCCCAAGCAUGUCCCAAAGGUGCUUUUUCAAGAGGCAAGUAGACUUUCUGAUUUUUCUUUGAACACGUUUUGCUUCUCACCC